UCAAGUCUCAACCCCUUCACUCCAACCACCUCAACAAAAUCAUCAUAUUAUAUUAUAUUAUAUAUAUAUACAUAUGUACCAAGACACACCCUUUAGGAGAGACCCACAACAUAUCAAUCCCGCAUGAUUAUAUGACUAUGAUACACCUUCAGAGGGGUGAAAAAAGAAAUGGAAAAAAAAAAAAAUUCUUUUCAACCCCAUCCCAAGUUCCCAACCAUAACAAGCUUUGAAGUUUGAGCUCAAAGUCCAACAUUCCAAAAACUUGCAUAGAGAGAUAGAUACAUACUACAAGGAGUUCAGAUUUUGGGGGGGAGAGAAAGAUCUGUGGGGGUGUAACUGUGUAAGUUUGUGCUGUUUUGUUUGUGGGGAUUGUUUUCUUGAGAAAAGAGUAAGCGGUGUGUGUGUGUGUGAAAAAGUGUGUUAAUAUGAGUAACUGGUUGGGGUUCUCUCUGACUCCACACUUGAGGAUUGAUGAAGAAUUUGAGAGAGAGAACCAAGAGCGUGGAGCAGGAGGAGGAGGAGGGUACCAUCAUCCUUCUCCUUCUUCUCACCCUCACUUGUCUGUUAUGCCUCUUCGCUCUGAUGGCUCUCUCUGUGUUGCUGACUCCUUUAGCCACUCUGCUGCAUCUCAAGAAUGGAGAUAUGAUAGUGCAAUAGGUGGAGGGAAUUCCAACGAGAAAGGUCCAAAGCUUGAGGACUUUUUGGGUGGCUACUCAAACUCCCCCACUAAGGUCUUUUGCCAAGACACUCAGCAUGACCAAAACCAAAGCCAGAACAAUGUUUCCAAAAUCAAUGUUAAUGUAGCACCAAGCUUUUGCACCAAUGCAGAGAUUGAAACUGGGGAGAGCCUCGCUAACCCUUAUCCCCACCAAUCUUUCCAUGCAUAUAAUGAUAACUCACAUGCCCUUAUCCCCACCAAUGGCAUGUACAAGUCCUGGUUGGCACAAACUCAGUUUUCUUCUGAUGGAAAACCUUCAACUGAAGCUAAUGGGUGCAAUUUCCAAUCUCUGUCCCUCUCUAUGAGCCCCGGUAUGCAAAAUGGGGUGGGUGCAAUUUCCUCUGUUCAAGUGAGUGAGGAUAGUAGGAAACGGGUCAUGGCAAAAUCUCAUGCUAGAGAACCAGUCCCUCGCAAAUCUAUUGACACUUUUGGGCAGAGAACAUCUCAAUACCGUGGUGUUACAAGGCAUAGAUGGACUGGGAGAUAUGAGGCCCAUUUGUGGGACAAUAGUUGCAGAAAGGAAGGGCAAACAAGGAAAGGAAGGCAAGUUUACCUUGGUGGUUAUGAUAAGGAAGAAAAAGCAGCAAAGGCUUAUGACUUAGCUGCAAUCAAGUAUUGGGGUCCAACAACUCACAUAAAUUUCCCUUUAAGCACUUAUGAGAAGGAACUUGAAGAGAUGAAGCACAUGACCAGGCAAGAAUUUGUCGCCAAUUUAAGAAGGAAGAGCAGCGGAUUUUCAAGAGGGGCAUCUGUGUAUAGAGGUGUGACAAGACACCAUCAACAUGGAAGGUGGCAGGCCCGAAUAGGAAGGGUUGCAGGAAACAAGGACUUGUAUCUUGGUACAUUUAGCACACAAGAAGAAGCUGCUGAAGCAUAUGAUAUAGCAGCAAUCAAGUUCAGGGGAACAAGUGCUGUGACCAACUUUGACAUAAGUAGGUAUGAUGUGAAGAGAAUCUGCUCAAGCUCCACUCUCAUUGCAGGAGAUCUUGCAAAACGGUCUCCUAAAGAAUCACCAGCUCUGGUUCCUGCCGAGGACUUCAAUUCGUGUGGUUCAUCGAUGCCGCCGGCAUCUCAGCCCCCUCCUUUGGCUAUAACUGAUGGUGAACAUUCUGAUGAGUUGUCCAACAUGAUGUGGAAUGCCAACAGCGAUGUGCAUGCACAGAAUGAGAAUGGUGCUAACAUCAACAACAAUGUCACUGAAUCAUCAUCACAACAGGUUUCACCAAGCAGCAACAAGGAUGCUUUGAACCCUCAAAGCCCCAAGUGUUCUGUGGGGCUACCCAAUGAGUUUGGAGUCAGUGGAGCAGAUUAUGGACAUGGGUACUUCACCCUUGAUGGACCAAAAUAUGAUGAUGGGAACAAUGAAAACGACCACAUGAGCACCAACAGGCUUGGAAAUUUGGGAUUGGUUAAUCAAGUUCCCAUGUUUGCUUUGUGGAACGAAUGAAGGGAAUGUUAUGUUGAGUUGAGAUUACAAAAAACAUUAGCUUAGUUAGGGAAAAAAAAAACUAAGAUCAGAUGGCAGAAUUAUUGAAUGAUUAUUAUUGUAGCUUGGCAUGGUAACUUUUAUUGUAUGUUGAAAGAAAGGGGAUAUGUCAGUAGUGCCCAUUCCUUGUGUGCUUGUUGUUGUUGUUGUUGUUGUUGGUAGGUAGGGUACGUAUACUAAGUUGCAAAACAUUAUCCACUUUGGUUACGAGAAAAAAUAGAAUGGAAUGCUGAAAUUCAACCA